AUGUUCUGUAAUACAAAAUCGAAUGCUUAUCCGAGGAAGAACGACCUACGUCCUAUCUCAAUAUUAAAUGCCAUUGGAAAAGUGUAUGAAAAGGUGCUACAUCCAAAAUAUCACACUUGGCUCAAAGAAAACAAGAUUAUUCCACAUCAACAGUCUGGCUUUCAAGCUAAUAUUCGUUUGCAAACCAGAGUACUAUCCGUCUAUGAAGAAGCUCGACAAUGUAUUGCAACAAAUCGACCAGGAUUGAUUCUGUUUGUUGAUUUUGUUAGUGCAUUCGAUAAGGUAUGGCAUAAAGCAUUACUUGUUAAGUUAGCACGUUUUCAUCUUCCAUCUCGUCUUUGGUUAUGGUUGAGGAGUUGGUUGUCUGAUCGUUCAGCCUAUGUGUCAUUCGGUGGUUUGGAAUCGGACGUUUUCUACAUCGAGUGGGGAUUACCCCAAGGUUCAGUCAUUUCACCUUUAAUUUAUAUUCCAUACCUUGCCGAUUUAGUCGAAAUCAAAGAGCCGGUUCGGAAGGAUAAGUUUUUUGCCGAUGACUGGAGUCUUUUCUUCUCUGUUCCGUAUGGUUUAUCUUUUUCGACUUCAUGUACUUUGUUGCAACGACAAGGACAAGAGGCGUUCGAUAAAAUUCAUGUGUAUUGUGAAUAUUGGUUGGUUGAGUUGAGUGUGACAAAAACGGUUGCGAUGUUGAUUCACUCACAGAUUCAAGUUCCAUCUUUGAAGUUGAUUUAUAAUGGACAUGAGAUCAAAUUUGUUAAUAAAUUCACUGAUCUCGAUUAUUUAAUAACAUCAAAAUUAGGUCUUGGCCAGCUUUUGAAUCUUCAAUGUUCUCAGAUUUUUCAUCUUUUCAAAUUGUGUCCGUGA